UUAACCUAGUGUGUGACUGUGAUCUUCUGUGAGGGAGCGAGUGAGUGUGAGGUAUUGAGGUGAGGCGGAAGCUAGAAAAGGGGCUCUUUCAGGAGCGAGGGACAAAGGGGGCGUGAGGCACCUAGGCCGCGGGACCCAGCGACAGGAAGCCGCCCCGAGCCGGGCUACCGGGUAGGGGAAGGGCCCGCGCAGUCCUCACAGGGCCCCAGAGCCGGAGUCGGCCCCACAGCCCCGGGCCGUCGGCUUCCUACUUCCUCGACCUCCCCGGCGCCUGGGCCUGAGGAUUGGCUUGGCGUGGGGAGGAGGGGAAACAGACUCGAGCGGCUACCCGUUGUCUCGCAACUCCACUGCUGAGGAACUCUCAUUUCUUCCCUGGCUCCUUCACCCCCCACCUCAUGUAGGAGGGUGCUGAGGAGUCGGGAGGGAGGAGGAGCCUGGGCUACCGUCCCUUCCCUCCCCACCCCCUUGUAGGGGCGCUUUGGUAGGCGUGGGGCUGGGGCUGGGGGGGAGGGUGGGGGUUACUUUUUGGAGUGCUGGGGAACUUUUUCCCCUUUUUGAGGCCAGGGGAAAGGGAAUGCCCAAUCCAGAGAGACAUGGGGGCAAGAAGGACGGGAGUGGAGGAGCUUCUGGAACUUUGCAGCCGUCAUCGGGAGGUGGCAGCUCCAACAGCAGAGAGCGUCACCGCUUGGUGUCGAAGCACAAGCGGCAUAGGUCCAAGCACUCCAAAGACAUGGGGUUGGUGACCCCCGAAGCAGCACCUUUGGGUACAAUUAUCAAACCUUUGGUGGAGUAUGAUGACAUUAGCUCUGAUUCCGAUACCUUCUCUGACGACAUGGCCUUCAAACUGGACCGGAGGGAGAAUGAUGAACGUCGCGGGACUGAUCGGAGUGACCGCCUGCACAAACACCGUCACCACCAGCACAGACGAUCCCGGGACUUACUAAAAACUAAACAGUCAGAGAAAGAAAAAAACCUGGAAGCCUCCAGCAAGUCGGGAUCGAUGAAGGACCGGAUAUCAGGAAGUUCAAAGCGUUCAAAUGAGGAGAAUGAUGACCAUGGGAAGACGCAGAUCUCCAAAAGCAGCAGCAACAAGGAAUCCAGGUCAUCCAAACUCCAUAAGGAGAAGACCCGGAAAGAACGUGAGUUGAAGUCCGGGCACAAAGACCGGAGUAAAAGUCAUCGGAAAAGGGAAACACCCAAAAGUUACAAAACCGUGGACAGCCCCAAACGGAGGUCCAGGAGUCCCCACCGGAAGUGGUCGGACAGCCCCAAGCAAGAUGAUAGCCCCUCAGGAGCUUCUUACGGCCAAGAUUAUGACCUUAGUCCCCCGAGAUCUCACACCUCUAGCAAUUAUGACUCCUACAAGAAGAGUCCGGGAAGUACCUCAAGAAGGCAGUCAAUCAGCCCACCUUACAAGGAGCCUUCGGCCUACCAGUCCAGCACACGGUCACCCAGUCCCUACAGUAGACGACAGAGGUCUGUAAGUCCCUAUAGCCGGCGACGUUCUUCCAGCUAUGAAAGGAGUGGCUCUUACAGUGGGAGAUCACCCAGUCCCUACGGCCGAAGGCGGUCCAGCAGCCCUUUCCUGAGCAAGCGCUCUCUGAGCCGGAGUCCGCUCCCCAGUAGAAAAUCCAUGAAGUCUAGAAGUAGAAGUCCUGCAUAUUCAAGACACUCAUCUUCUCAUAGUAAAAAGAAGAGAUCCGGGUCACGCAGUCGACAUUCCAGUAUCUCACCUGUCAGGCUUCCACUGAACUCCAGCUUGGGAGCUGAACUCAGUAGGAAAAAGAAGGAAAGAGCAGCUGCUGCUGCAGCAAAAAUGGAUGGAAAGGAAUCCAAGGGUUCACCUAUAUUUUUGCCUAGAAAAGAGAACAGUUCAGUAGAGGCUAAGGAUUCAGGCUUGGAGUCUAAAAAGUUACCCAGAGGUGUAAAAUUGGAAAAAUCUGCCCCAGAUACUGAACUGGUGAAUGUAACACAUCUCAAUACAGAGGUCAAAAAUUCUUUAGAUACAGGGAAAAUAAAGUUGGAUGAGAACUCUGAGAAGCAUCCUGUUCUUAAAGAUUCGAAAGGACAGGGAACAAGAGACUCUAAACCUGUAGCACUGAAAGAGGAGAUUGCUACUCCAAAAGAGACAGAGACAUCUGAAAAGGAGACCCUUCCACCUCUUCCCACAGUUACUUCUCCACCUCCUUUACCAACUACUACCCCUCCACCUCAGACACCCCCCUUGCCACCUUUGCCUCCACUACCAGCUCUUCCACAGCAACCACCUCUGCCUCCUCCCCAACCAGCAUUUAGUCAGGUUCUUUCUUCUAGUACUUCAACUUUGCCCCCUUCUAUUCACCCAAGGACAUCAACUCUGUCCUCUCAGGCAAAUUCUCAGCCCCCUGUACAGGUUCCUGUGAAGACUCAAAUAUCUGUAACAGCUGCUAUUCCACACCUAAAAACUUCAACAUUGCCUCCUCUGCCCUUCCCACCCUUAUUACUGGGAGAUGAUGACAUGGAUAGUCCGAAAGAAACUCUACCUUCAAAACCUGUAAAGAAAGAGAAGGAACAAAGGCCACGUCACCUACUCACAGACCUCCCUCUCCCUCCAGAGCUCCCUGGUGGGGAUCCAUCUCCCCCAGACUCUCCAGAACCAAAGGCAAUCACACCACCUCAGCAACCAUACAAAAAGAGACCAAAAAUUUGUUGUCCUCGUUACGGAGAAAGAAGACAAACAGAAAGUGACUGGGGGAAACGCUGUGUGGACAAGUUUGACAUUAUUGGGAUUAUUGGAGAGGGAACCUAUGGCCAAGUAUAUAAAGCCAAGGACAAAGACACAGGAGAGCUAGUGGCCCUGAAGAAGGUGAGACUGGACAAUGAGAAAGAGGGCUUCCCAAUCACAGCCAUACGUGAGAUCAAAAUCCUUCGUCAGCUAAUCCACCGAAGUGUUGUUAACAUGAAGGAAAUUGUCACAGAUAAACAAGACGCGCUGGAUUUCAAGAAGGACAAAGGAGCCUUUUACCUUGUAUUUGAGUAUAUGGACCAUGACUUAAUGGGACUGUUGGAAUCUGGUCUGGUGCACUUUUCUGAGGAUCAUAUCAAGUCAUUCAUGAAACAGCUAAUGGAAGGACUGGAUUACUGUCAUAAAAAGAAUUUCCUGCAUCGGGAUAUUAAGUGUUCUAACAUUUUGCUGAACAACAGUGGGCAAAUCAAACUAGCAGAUUUUGGACUUGCUCGGCUCUAUAAUUCUGAAGAGAGCCGCCCUUAUACAAACAAAGUCAUUACUCUGUGGUACCGACCUCCAGAACUUCUGCUGGGAGAGGAACGUUAUACACCAGCGAUAGAUGUUUGGAGCUGUGGAUGCAUCCUUGGGGAACUGUUCACAAAGAAGCCAAUUUUUCAAGCCAAUCUGGAACUGGCUCAGCUAGAACUGAUCAGUCGACUCUGUGGUAGCCCUUGUCCAGCUGUGUGGCCUGAUGUUAUCAAGCUGCCCUACUUCAAUACAAUGAAACCGAAGAAGCAAUAUAGAAGGCGCCUACGAGAAGAAUUCUCUUUCAUUCCUUCAGCAGCACUUGAUUUACUGGACCACAUGCUGACGUUAGAUCCUAGCAAACGUUGUACAGCUGAACAGACCCUACAGAGUGACUUCCUUAAAGAUGUCGAGCUCAGCAAAAUGGAUCCUCCAGACCUCCCCCACUGGCAGGAUUGCCAUGAAUUAUGGAGUAAGAAACGGCGACGGCAGCGACAAAGCGGUGUUUUGGUAGAAGAACCACCUCCACCCAAAGCCUCUCGAAAAGAAACUAUCUCAGGGACAAGUGCUGAGCCUGUGAAGAACAGCAGCCCAGCACCACCUCAGCCUACUCCUGGCAAGGUGGAGCCUGGGGCUGGGGAUGCAAUAGGCCUCGGUGACAUCACACAGCAGUUGAAUCAAAGUGAAUUGGCAGUGUUAUUGAACCUGCUCCAGAGCCAAACCGACCUGAGUAUUCCUCAAAUGGCGCAGCUGCUUAACAUCCACUCCAAUCCAGAGAUACAGCAGCAGCUGGAGGCCCUGAACCAAUCCAUCAGUGUCAUAACAGAAGCCACUUCCCAACAGCAGGACUCAGAGCCCACGGCCCCAGAGGAAUCUUUGAAGGAGGCACCCCCUGCCCCAGUGGUCCAACCUUCAGCAGAACAGACAACCCCUGAAGCUUCAAGCACACCAGCUGACAUGCAGAAUAUGUUGGCAGUUCUCUUGAGUCAACUAAUGAAAACCCAGGAGCCAGCAGGCAACCUGGAGGAAAACAACAGUGACAAGAACAGUGGGCCACAGGGGCCCCGAAGAACUCCCACAAUGCCACAGGAGGAGGCAGCAGCAUGUCCUCCUCACAUUCUUCCACCAGAGAAGAGGCCCCCUGAGCCCCCCGGACCUCCACCGCCGCCACCUCCACCCCCUCUGGUUGAAGGCGAUCUUUCCAGCGCCCCCCAGGAGUUGAACCCAGCCGUGACAGCCGCCUUGCUGCAACUUUUAUCCCAGCCUGAAGCAGAGCCUCCUGGCCACCUGCCACAUGAGCACCAGGCCUUGAGACCAAUGGAUUACUCCACCCGACCCCAUCCCAACAGGACUUAUGGAAACAAUGAUGGGCCUGAAACAGGGUUCAGUGCCACUGACACUGAUGAACGCCACUCUGGUCCAGCCUUGACAGAAUCCUUGGCCCAGACCCUGGUGAAGAACAGGACCUUCUCGGGCUCUGUGAGCCACCUUGGGGAGUCUAGCAGUUACCAGGGCACAGGGUCAGUGCAAUUCCCAGGGGACCAGGACCUCCGUUUUGCCAGGGUCCCCUUAGCAUUACACUCAGUGGUCGGGCAACCAUUCCUGAAGGCUGAGGGAAGCAGCAACUCUGUGGUACAUGCAGAGACCAAAUUGCAAAACUAUGGGGAGCUGGGGCCAGGAACCACUGGGGCCAGCAGCUCAGGAGCAGGCCUUAACUGGGGGGCCCCAGCUCAGUCUUCUGCUUAUGGAAAACUCUAUCGGGGGCCUACAAGAGUCCCUCCAAGAGGGGGAAGAGGGAGAGGAGUUCCUUACUAACCCAGAGACUUCAAGAGUCCUGAAAGAUUCCUUCCCUAUCCAUCCUUCCACCCAGUCCUCUGAACCUUUAAUGAAAUCAUUUGCCAGAGCGAGGUGGCAGCAGCAGUAGGAGUGAUGGCCCCUGAGGAAUUUGGUAAUGUCCAUCAAUUACCUGACAUCCGGACCCCUGCAAAAUUCAGUCUCUUUCACAGACUUUAAGGCCAGGUUUGAUGGGAGAUCCCCCCUGUCCAAACACUGUGCAAAGACACGAGAAGUAGAGGUCUGCCAGCCUGCUUAUUUCCAUCCUCAAUGCCUAGAACUGGGCAGGUCACCAACCUACUAUGCCUACCCCUACCCUUCUUGCUGCCAGAUGUGAAAACAGAGACCCAGAGAAGGGAAAUCAGUUGAAUCCUGCCCUGGAGUUGCUUUUGUUCCUGGAUUUGGAGAGUUCCUGGGAACACAGGGAAAUGAACAAGAUCUCCCUCCCCUCGAUCCCCACCAGCCCUGCCUCAUACUCCCAAGGUUUAGCCAAGGGUAUGAGAUCUACAGCCCUGGAGUCAGAGCCUGGAGCCUACUCUGGAAUCCAGAAGAAACCCUGAACUUUGCAGGGAAGGAGGGAUAGACUUGAAUGUGUCCCAUUGGUUGGUGAGAGAGCUGGAUGUCUGAACCUCCCACCUCAACACCUCGAAGGUUAUCAUGCAGAUCCCCUCUCUAGCUCCCAAAGCCAUGGAAGAAGUGAAGGAAGACAUUUCAGAGGUGGCAGCGCCAUGAUGUCCAUCAGUACCCAGGGAGAGAAGCCAAGGAGAAGAAACAGUGCCCAGAGCGGGAGCCAGGAGGAGAUGUGUGCUCCUGAAACAGGCUUCUUACCCCAUCCCCUCCCCUGCCCCCUCUAACAUGCCAACAAGGCUCUGUGCCCAAGGUGUGCCAGCUCUCCUGGCUGGUGAUCCUGCUGUGCGGUACAGGCAGCUGGCCCUCUGCUCCAGCACAGAGCACAUGGUGGGGUCUCUCGCACUUCUUUCGAACUCAUCCCAGUGUGUCUGUGGUGCAGAUUCCUAGGGAUGCAGGAGGGGGCUGUGGCCCUGCGAGUAGGAAGACAGUGGGCUCUGGGGCCCUUUAGGUGCGUAUCUUCCUGGCUGGAGCGGCUGUGGGGAGGGAGAAGGCUGCUGGCAGCUCACCUGAAUUCAAGGUUCUGGUGGCUCAUAGCAACAGGGAUGGCUCACGAAAACAACAGAGGGGAAGGGGGUCCAGGCCUGUUAGAGCUCUCUUUUACCCCAUUUCUCCCCCACUCUGAGCUCCGGAUAGAGGUCUCUCAUCUGGAUGGUGGGGCAAGGAGAGGCCCCAGCUAAGAAAGAAGAGAGGGAAAUGGGAGAGAAGAUAGCAGGGGAAGCUGAUCAUUCCCAGGGAAAGGCUUCCCAGUGAGGAAAGGAUAGGAGAGGCUAGUUAUUCUUGCCCCACUGUAUCCAUGGGCUGCACAGAGGGUUCUGUGCUGAGGAAGCUCAGUGCUCCUAGGCACCUUUCAGGAAAGGGGCUUUCCAGGCAGACACAGCUACUCCUCCCUCCUCUCACUUACCUGCCCAGAGGUCUGGGUACCCAGCUGACACCACAUGACUUAGAAAUUUAAAAAAAAAAAAAAAAAAAAAAGGAAAGAAAAAGGCACUAUUACAAGACCAGAACCUGGAAGGAUUACCACUACUUGGUCUCAGUACUCUUUCGCUGGAAACAGAGACCAUGAUCUUCAAAGGUGCUGAUUUUCUCUUCCCUUACAGGUCAGGUGGGCAAUGUGCAUCUUCUCCUGACUUUCUGAAUCAGGGGGAUGAUAGACUACUGUGUUUGAGGUCACAUCAGCAGAACAGGGCCAGAAAGUGGACCAGGAGAAUCAGCUGUGCUUCUGACCACAGUCCCAAGGGCCUCCCUGUUUCGGCAAAAGGAAAUAGGGAUCUCGGAUACCAGUGUAUCCAGACACAUAAUAAAUAUCCUCCUCCUAACCUCGAGAAGAAUAGGAGGGGAGUUCUCUGACAGAGCCUAAGUUUUCAUUUGCCUAUUUCUAUUCCUUUCACUGAUGAUGGCUCUGCUGUCCAGCUGGGAUGAGGGGCCCUCUGCUGGGAUGCUCCAGGGGAUCCAGAGGCAGUUUUGAUUGGAGGAAGGGACAGACCAGCUGCUCUUCGUGUAAGGAGAUGGGACCAGCUCCACUCCCCCAGCUCUCCCUGGCAGCAUCAGGAGCCCAGGGGCCCCUGCUGGAACACCCAUAAUAAAGCUCAAUCCUGAACUGAACUGACAUAUCACCUGGCUCUGGUAUAAAAGUGGUGCUGUGAGGGGGAGCCAGGGUGCACCAGGUGGGGUGUAGGAAGGUGUAGGGAGUUCAGCCCCAGGAGAUACAAGGAUCACUCCUCAAUACCACGUGUUCCUCCUCUUAAACCUUCUCCUCAGUCCCCCUUUUCUUCCACCUCCCUUCAGCUGACUCCACUCCUGGCUACCUCAUGCCCUCCAAUCUGAGAAGACAUGGUAAGUAGUUGUCUGUUCCCUAUACUUUUAUUUCUCUCACUCUCCUCCCUUCCUCCCAACUCCCAGCCAAGUUACCCCAUUUGACCUCUUCCUACCAGUGAAUGCCAUCAGGAUCCAAACCUGGAAUCACCCCCUUCCUCUGAGAAUGCCACUCUGGCUCUGAGACUGACUCACCAGUCGUCAUCCUCCACAUAAGUAUAGCCAGGCCAAGACAGGUAUGUCCACUGGCACCAAGGCCCCUGACCUGAAGCAAAGGGCUGCCCUAGGGGUACAGUGGGGCUUGGCCCUAAAUGCGUAUAUGCCUGUGUAUUGGGCACACUGGUUUAUUAGUGUUAUUUCAGCAUUGUGAUGCAGAGAGAGUAAGUGUAACAGCUGCUCCUUGCUUGCAGUGUUUAUUGUUACCUAGAGACAACCUCCUGGCUUUUUCCCAGCUCCCCACCCCCCAGCCCAACCCCCUCCCUGCCAACAGUCCUCUCCCCACACUGAUGGGAAAUUUAUAGCUUGCCCAUACCAUGCCUUUAACUCUCUCCUGUCCAUAAGGUAGAUGGGCCAAGGGAAGCCAAAGUGAGCUGUGAGCAUGCUUAGGCCCUGGCAGGGUAGAAUAGUGCGUGGAGGAGGGAAGGAAGGAUGGAGGGAGGGGAGACACCUCUUGUUCCCAAUCAAUGUCUAGACUCAAGCCCCAGUUUCCCUCCUGGCUCUCAUGUUGAGAGAAAAGAGCUUUGGACCUAGUCUUGGGAUCCCAGGCUCCUCCUCACAAGAUUAUUCUUUUUCCUCAGAUUAUUCUCUAAGCUCCUCCUGUUGGGCUGGCUGGUCCUGAGCAAGUGCAGCAAGGUAGUAUUGAGACGGGAGGAAUAAAUGCAGAGUGGCAGAACCCCCAGAUCCCUCCUUUCUAUAGAGAUGUCACAUUGCGACAAACAAGAGGCUCUGGCGUGAGGGAUGCUGGCCAGACCUCCACAGCUGGAUAGAUGUCAAACGUGAAGCUGGCUGCUGAGCCUGGUGGGGAAAACUGACCACCUUAACUUCACCUUGAGCCCAGGACUUAGGUCCUGAAAGAGUCCCAGGCCAUCCUCCAAGUUGGUCUCCUUGGUCUGGGUAGGCUACUCUCUCCGCUUUUCUUCCUGGUCCAUUUUCUGCUGCUCAUCUUUUGGUUUGAUACCUUGGGGAAGAUCCAAGAGACCAAGGGAACUGAGGCCUCAAUAGUCCUGGGGAAAGAGAAAUUCCUCGAUCCCCUCCUGACUCAGGACCUUUCAUGGAGGGGCACCAUGUCAUAUAUUCACCAUCCCCACUGGAAACGAGAGGAAAAGGGAUUGGAUUUUAGCAGAAAGGAUAGAGGUUAGACAUGUGGAAAAACUUACUCAUGAGAUAUAAGACUUCAGAGGGGACCUACUUCUCUUUAGAGAUUUUUCUUUUGCCUGGUAUGAGUUUAAGUCUGUGUCCACCCAAGGGGCAUUGGAAGAACAAAGGGUACUUUUCUGGGGCUCCUCCAGAUGUGGGCCUCAGUGCAGUUUCCUCCUCAGUUCUUCUAAGCGUAGUAUGUGUGGUGGUUAGAUUGUAAUGCCAGUGCUGCCAUUUACGAGCUGUGCCACCUUGGUAAGUCGCUUAACCUCUUUUAGCCCUAGUUUCCUUGUCUGUGAAAUGCAAAUAAACAACCUUUUAAGGCGGUGAAGAGAAUUUAGUGAAAUAAUGUGGGUAAAGUACCUAGGACAGUGCCUGAUACUGAGUAGGUGCUCAGUCAACAGUGGUUGAUACAAUAGAGUCUAUUAAUGUUAUGGAAUCAUCAGGGCUGACACCGUGUCAAAGACUCUAGGAGUCCCCUGGAAUUAUAGGCCAAAUGUGAGUAUGUGCGUGUGCUGGGGAGAAUGUCCAUAGUUUUACUGAUGAUUUGGAGCAGGGGGUGGCAGUCUCCUGGAAAGGAAGUAGCCCCAAUCCUUAGACUCAUACUCCCAAAGGAGUCAGUUUCCCCAUUCACAUGCCUCCAGCUAGGAGUUCCUUAGAUAGUGUUCUGCCUGGAAGUACAGCUUCAUCUAGGAUGGAGCCGGGAGAGACAGCCAUUAAGAUAGCAACACGGGGCUUCCCUGGUGGCGCAGUGGUUGAGAGUCCGCCUGCCGAUGCAGGGGACACGGGUUCGUGCCCCGGUCCGGGAAGAUCCCACAUGCCGCGGAGCGGCUAGGCCCGUGAGCCAUGGCCGCUGAGCCUGCGUGUCCGGAGCCUGUGCUCCGCAACGGGAGAAGCCACAACAGUGAGAGGCCCGCGUACAGCAAAAAAAAAAAAGAUAGCAACACAAAGGAAUUCCCUGGCUGUCCAGUGGUUAGGACUCUGCACUUCCACUGCAGGGGGCAUGGGCUUGAUCCCUGGUCAGAGAACUAAGAUCCUACAUGCCACAUGGCGCAGCCAAAAAAGAAAAGAAAAAAAAAAGAUAGCAACACAGAGCACUUGCCAAGCACUUUACAGUUUGUCAAGUGCAUUUACCUACAUUAGCUCUUUUAAUACCCAGAACAUCCCAGUAAAGUGAACUACCAUUUAUUGACUGCCAGGCAUUGUGCUCAGUGUAUGUUUUUUUUUAAGUAUGUUUAAAGUCUAUAGAGUAUUUCAUCACCUAGAUAUGCUAUGAUUUAUAAAGCUUAUCCACUAUUUUAAUCAUUUAGACAUGUUUACUGUUAUAAAUAAUACCAUGAUGUACAUCCUAUCCUAAAACUUCAUGCAUUUUUUUAUAGUAAACUCCAAGAAGUGAAAUUAUUGGGCCAACAGAUACAAAUAUCCCCCCUCCCCAUAGGUAUGAUCACUUUAUUGAUGUACCAUAAUAAGAAUAAUAUUUUUUAUCUUCCUCUUUGGAAUUCUUCAAUGGAAACACAUGGGCAGCCCCUUCUUUCUCCUAAACCCAGCAGAAACAUUAAUAAUCUGUCAUAUCCUUUUUAAAAAAUUGAGGUAAUUGUAGAUUCACAUGCAGUUGUAAGAAAUAAUACAGAGAGAUCCCUUGUACAUUUUGCCCACAUUUACCUAGUAGUAACAUUUUGUAAAACUAUAGUAUGACAUCACAACCAGAAUAUUGACAUUAGUUUGAUCCAUAUUUCCCCAGUUUUACCUGUGUAUGUGUGUAUAUUAAGUUCUAUGCAAUAUUGUUACCUGUGUAAAUUCUUACAUCUGCCACUACAGUCAAGAUACUGAACAGUUCCAGCACCACAAGGAUUCUUCAUGUUGCUCUUUUAUAAUCACGCCUA